CGGGUCAGCUUUACCGGUUUCCGGUUGUCAGGCUCUCCACCUUUAAUAAUCCAGUUACUCUCCUCCUCUGCCACGCUUGCAGGACAUCGCCUGUCAUUCAACAUCCGGGACACCGCUGGCUGGUUACUGAUGCUGGGGAGAGUGACCAGAAGAAGCUUGAGAAUGUCGCAAGGUCUAGUAAAUGAAUCAAGGUGGUGGUCUUUCUUCUUUUUUUUGCUGCUAAGCUUGGGAUGUGCCAAGGCCUCAGAAAUAACCUUUGAGCUGCCGGAUAAUGCCAAGCAGUGUUUCUAUGAGGACAUUACUCAGGGAACCAAGUGUACACUGGAAUUUCAGGUGAUCACCGGAGGUCAUUAUGACGUGGAUUGUAGACUAGAAGACCCUGAUGGUAUUGUGUUAUACAAGGAGAUGAAAAAGCAGUAUGACAGCUUCACCUUUACUGCAUCUCGCAAUGGAACAUACAAAUUCUGCUUCAGCAAUGAGUUCUCAACUUUCACACACAAAACCGUCUACUUUGAUUUCCAAGUCGGAGAGGAUCCUCCACUUUUUCCAAAUGAGAAUCGGGCUACCGCUCUUACUCAGAUGGAAUCUUCAUGUGUUUCUAUACAUGAGGCGUUAAAGUCUGUAAUGGACCACCAAACACACUUCCGUUUAAGGGAGGCUCAGGGCCGCAGUCGUGCAGAAGAUCUGAAUACUAGAGUGGCCUAUUGGUCCGUAGGGGAGGCCAUAAUCCUUCUCGUUGUAAGCGUUGGACAAGUGUUUCUUCUCAAAAGCUUUUUCUCAGAUAAAAGAACCACUACAACCCGUGUUGGAUCCUAACCAAUAUUUUAUAGGAAGUAACAUGUUCAUUAUUACACUGUUUGCCCACCUGCAAUUUUUUUUUCUCCAUUUACCUAUUGGUAAAUGACUGUAUAUAUUUGGUAAAGCUAGAUUUUGCCUUUUAAACCACACAAUAGACCACCCCUUUAAGUGAAAAAUGAGUUUGUGAAAGGGGGAUACAUUUUUAUUUGAAAGUUUGGGAUUUUUUUUUUUGUUUGAGACUUGAUUUCCAUGUUAAACAUUUAACUUUGAUGUUAAUAUAUUUUUUUUCUCAAAUAUGCUGAAGUCAACUCUUAAAUAGGUGUGUAUAUUAUAACAGUAAUGGGAGCUAUUUCCCUUAUAGGAGAGCAUAUGUUGGGGUAUGCAAAUUCCAGCCAAAGGGUUUUGUUUUUUAACUUUUUUUUCCCUUUUUUUUUUUUUUUGUAAAAAGGACGGUGUUAAGAAAAUGUUUAUGGGUUAAUGACAAGUUAGCUGCUUGACUUCGUUGCGAAGCUGCCACUGCUGGAUUAUUAUAGCUGGAAAUCUAUAAAUGUAGCUCCUACUGAACACUAGGCAAAUUGAUUUGAAUUGUAAAAUAAAAUAGUUACAGCACGCUUCUCUUCAUUUCUACAAUAUUUUUUCCUAUUCAUUGAUAUUUGAAAAACCUUUAUCUUUCUGGAGAGUUUGCCUAACGUCUUCUGUUUUUCUAGUAAAAAUCUGAAUUGAGAAUGAAAACACUUGCAGCUAUAUCUUGAGUAUUUAUUAUGGGAGCAAAACUUAAAGGGACAUGAAACCCACAAUUUUUCUUUCAUAAAUCAGACGGAGCAUGCUAUUUUAAGCAUUUUUCUUGGUAUCUUUUGUUGAAAAACAGGGAUGUAGGCUCUGGAACAGUAUAAGGCAGCAGACUUGUAAGAAUGUUCUAUGUUUGCAAGAACACUAGAUCGCAGCCUUAUUUCCUACCAUGGAGUGCCCCAGACACCUACCUAGGUAUCUCUUCAACAAAGAAUAUCAUGGGAACAAAGAAAAUGUGAUAAAAUAAUUAAAUUGGAAACUUUUUUUAAAAUUUGUAUGCUCUAUCUGAACCACAAUAGAAACGUUUUGAGUUUCAUAUCCCUGUAAAGGUACAUUAAACACAUUGGUUUUGUGUAAAUAUUGUGCUUGGUCCCUUAUUCCAAAGAUUGACCAAAAAGCAAAUUCUGUAAAGUAGCUUUUUAUAAUGCUGUAAAUACUGCCUUUCGUUUGCAGCAUUUGCCUGGUACAGAAUGUUUUGCCUGUUUUGGAAGUGUGGGACAAAGCAUCCUUUUUUUUUUACCCAAAGGCAAAAUGUGUUUAAUAGCUUCUUAAGCCAUUUAAUUCAAUAUUUUUAAUUUAAAAGUAAAUAAUAAAUAACAUAUAUACUAAAUAUGUAUUCUCCUGGUUAAAAAUAAAUGGCCGUACAGCUUCAAAUUCUACCUUUUGACUAGUUUUUUACAAUGAUGGAAAGUGAAAAGCAUCUUUUUACAUCAUAUUAUAAUGAAGCUCUUCUGAGACAACCUUAUUGCAGGGUGUAUGUACUCAUGAGAUAAGUAAUAAUUUUAAAGUGAAUAUAUUGAUAUAUGAAAAGUAAAUGUUUGUUGUUUUUUUUGUUUUGUUUUUUUUUACACUUUAUGACUGCACACAUGAAAAUAUAAAACCUUACCUGUAGAGUGGUUCCAAAAGCAGACCAGGAAAAUAUCAAUAUCUAAAAUAUUACAACAACAUGGAAUAAAAUAAAUGGAAAGAUUA